AUGGACCGACCGGAGCGCCACCACAGCCAGUCACACACACUGACCAUAUGGAUAACGGUGUGCUUCACCUCUUCCUUCCUCGUUCUUGUGAUUCUACUCCUUUCGUCCUUUGCGGCCAACGGUGGUUCUGAGACCACAAGAGCUCAUGGUGAACUAAAGCAGAAGCCGUGCCACCUCCACUUCUACUUCCACGACAUCCUCGACGGUCGUAACGCCACCGCCGUUCGCGUCACCAAUCCACCGAUGGUCACCGUGAUAGAUGACUUGCUCACGGAAGGCCCCGAGCUGACGUCAACGCCCGUCGGCCGGGCGCCGGGGUUCUACGCGUCGGCGUGCCUGCAGGAGGUGGCCUUUCUCCGAGCCAUGAACUUGGUGUUCGGUCGGGGGAACUACAACGGCAGCAUGCUCACCGCUUCAUGA